AGGACUUCUGCGCAAGCGCAAUAGCCGCACACGUUGUUUUGGAUGUGGGUUUUGCAGAAAUAGCUAGUAGAUAGUCGUGUUUGAAUUGCUUCACCUCGGUAUUUACGUUGUUUAUCGUCUUGGUGUUUCACAUGUAGGUCUCUGCUUGGACUGUCAGUGGCUUGCUCAAACAAGGUGACAGAAAAAGCUGAAGUUUAAAGAAAGCUAACUAGCCUGCUAGCUUAGCCCUCUGUAGCUACAGCAUGGCAGCUGUACUGGGGGUGAUUGCUGGAAGCUACGAGCAGAUCGCCUUUGGUUACCGAGUGAAAACUGAUGAGAAAGAGUGGACAGUCAAGGCAGACUUCACACAUCACGCACACACAGCCUCCAUAUCAGCUGCAGCGGCCAGCGAGAGGUUUGUUGUCACAGGAAGCAAAGAUGAGACCAUACAGCUGUACGACAUGAAGAAGAGGGUCGAACACGGAGCUCUGCUGCAUCAUGACGGCACCAUCACCUGCCUGGAGUUUUACGGGACGUCUCAUUUACUGAGCGGAGGAGAGGAUGGACUCAUAUGUGUGUGGAGCACCAAGAAGUGGGAGUGUCUGAAAUCCAUCAAAGCUCACCACGGUCAUGUCGCAUCGCUCUCCGUCCAUCCGUCUGGGAAACUUGCACUUUCAGUUGGGACAGAUAAGACGCUCAGAACAUGGAAUCUAAUUAGCGGAAGAUCGGCCUUCAUCAAAAACAUAAAACAGAAUGCACAUAUUGUCAGAUGGUCUCCCGAUGGGGAUAAAUAUAUUGUUGUGGUGAACUCCGAAGUGAACAUCUACGACCUGGAGACCGCCUCUGUGACGGGAACAAUUACAAACCCCAAGAGGAUCUCGUCUGUUAAGUUCUUAAAUAACAUGAUCCUGGCUGUCGCAGGAGACGAUGAACUCGUGAGGUUAUGUGACCUGCGAACAGAGAAAUGUGUGUGUGAGUUUAAGGCUCAUGAAACCAGAGUGAAAGCGGUUGAUAGUUUCAUGAUGGAGGAUUACUGCGUGCUGGUGACGGCUUCAAACGACGGAUUCAUCAAAAUGUGGAAACUCCAUCUGAAAGAGGAGCUGGAGUCUCCCACUCUCCUCGGGGAAGUGAACACAACAGCCCGACUGACGUGCCUCGCCGUGUGGAAACCUUCAUCUGUGCAGCAGCCGGCUGAGGAGCCGGCCGCCGUGGCAACAACAUCUGAAGAUCUGGCGAAGGUGCUUUCAAAGACGAAGAGAGUCCGAAUUGCAGCAGAAGAAGUCAUAUUAGAAGACGAGAGCAAACCCAAAAAGAAGAAAAAAGGCGGUAGAAAAUGAAAUGGAAAAUAAUAAAUCUGUUUUACUAUCAUGGACUGUUUUAUAUUGGGACUUAUUUGGUCACAUGCAUCUGCUUGUAGUUGUUGCCACUGCUUUUCUGAACAGACUUUGUGACUAUAUUUUGCACUCGACACUGAAAAGAAAGAAAUGACAAUGGAAAAUGAGAUGUGCAACAAUAAAAAUGUUUUAUAAUC